AUGAGCAAUAACACAUACUUCGACGACCAACAGCCACCUCAAUAUUACCAGGGCACCGAUCUGGGGGAAGACGAGGAGGAAGAGAUGCCGGCCACAGAGAAAGACCUCGCGGAGGAUGCACCGUGGAAGAAGAUCCAACAGAACACGUUCACCAGAUGGUGUAACGAACACCUUAAGUGCAUUAAUAAGAGUGUUAACGAUCUCCAAAGAGACCUGAGUGAUGGUCUCAGACUCAUCGCACUACUGGAAGUUUUAAGUCAAAAGAAAAUGUACAGAAAGCACCACGUUAGACCUAACUUCAGACAAAUGAAGCUGGAGAACGUGUCUGUGGCUUUGGAAUUUCUUGACAGGGAACGUAUCAAAUUGGUAUCCAUAGACAGCAAAGCAAUUGUGGAUGGCAACCUGAAGCUGAUCCUUGGCCUGAUAUGGACACUCAUCCUGCACUACUCCAUCUCCAUGCCAAUGUGGGACGAUGAGGAUGAUGAGGAUGCCAAGAAGCUCACUCCUAAGCAGAGGCUUCUAGGCUGGAUCCAGAACAAGGUCCCCCAGCUUCCCAUCACUAACUUCAAUAAGGACUGGAGAGACGGCAAAGCCUUGGGAGCUUUGGUGGACAACUGUGCCCCUGGUUUGUGUCCUGAUUGGGAAACCUGGGACCCUAACCAGCCUGUGGAGAAUGCUCGGGAGGCCAUGCAACAGGCAGAUGACUGGCUUGGUGUGCCACAGGUGAUUGCUCCUGAAGAGAUUGUGCACCCAGAUGUGGAUGAGCACUCUGUCAUGACCUACCUAUCCCAGUUCCCCAAGGCCAAACUGAAACCUGGUGCACCCCUGAAGCCCAAGCAGCUGUACCCCAAGAAGGCAAAGGCAUAUGGUCCAGGCAUUGAGCCACACGGUAACAUGGUGCUCAAACCUGCUGAAUUCACUGUGGAAACACUGGAGGCAGGGCUUGGGGAGGUCAUUGUAUAUGUGGAAGAUCCCGAGGGACACACUGAAGAGGCCAAGGUUGUUCCCAACAAUGACAAAAAGAGGACAUACUCUGUCACCUAUGUGCCCAAGGUGGAGGGUCUUCACAAGGUGAAGGUCCUGUUCGCUGGUCAAGAUAUUGAUAAGAGCCCAUUCAUGGUGAAUGUGGCCAAAGCUCUUGGUGAUGCUAGUAAAGUACAAGCCAGGGGUCCAGGUCUUGAUCCAGUUGGCAAUGUGGCCAACAGGCCCACAUACUUUGAUAUCUACACUGCAGGUGCAGGGGCAGGAGAUGUCAGUGUGGUGAUUGUAGACCCCCAGGGUAGGAAGGACACUGUAGAGAUCGUUCUGGAGAACAAGGGUGACAAUGUUUUCCGCUGCACAUACAACCCCACAAUGGAGGGACCUCACCAGAUCCAUGUGCUAUUUGCCGGCCAGCCCAUCCCCAAGAGCCCCUUCAAUGUGCAUAUUUCAGAAGCCAGCAAUGCUAAUGCAUGCCGAGCCACAGGCAGAGGGCUCCAGCCCAAGGGAGUGCGAGUCAAGGAGGUGGCUGACUUCAAGGUCUUCACCAAGGGGGCUGGAACAGGAGAACUCAAGGUCACAGUGAAGGGCCCAAGCGGGGCAGAGGAACCAGUGAAGGUGCAUGAUGUUGGCGAUGGUGUAUAUGAGUGUGAAUAUCUCCCUCUCCAUCCUGGGAAAUACACCGUCAGCAUCACCUGGGGAGGCCAGCCUAUACCACGCAGCCCCUUUGAGGUGCAGGUCAGCAUGGAGGCAGGGCCACAGAAAGUGCGGGCCUGGGGUCCUGGUCUUGAGACUGGUAUGGUGGGCAAAUCCGCCGACUUUGUGGUGGAAGCCAUCGGCACAGAUGUGGGAACUCUAGGAUUCUCCAUUGAAGGCCCAUCUCAGGCUAAGAUUGAGUGUGACGAUAAGGGUGAUGGUUCCUGUGAUGUACGCUAUUGGCCCACUGAACCAGGUGAUUAUGCCAUCCACGUCAUCUGUGAUGAUGAGGACAUUAAGGACAGUCCCUUCAUGGCCCACAUUCUCCCAGCAGCCAGUGAUGUCUUCCCAGAGAAAGUGAAGGCAUAUGGCCCAGGCCUGGCACCCACUGGCGUUAUUGUAAACAAACCUACAGAAUUCACCAUUGAUGCUCGAGAGGCAGGCAAUGGGAAACUCAAGAUCUAUGCCCAGGAUGCAGAAGGCUGUGUUAUUGAUAUCAAGAUUUCAGACAGAGGAGAUGGCACUUUCCACUGUGUGUAUGUACCCACCAAGCCCAUUAAACAUACCAUCAUCAUUUCCUGGGGCAAUGUCAAUGUUCCCAACAGUCCUUUUAGGGUUAUUGUGGGUGAGGGCAGUCAUCCAGACAAAGUGAAGGUUUAUGGGCCAGGAGUGGAAAAGACUGGUCUGAAAGCCAAUGAUCCAACCUACUUUACGGUAGACUGCAGUGAGGCAGGUCAAGGUGAUGUCAGCAUUGGGAUUAAAUGUGCUCCAGGGGUGGUUGGUCCAGCAGAGACAGACAUCGAUUUUGAUAUUAUCAAGAAUGACAACGACACCUUCACUGUCAAAUACACUCCACCAGGCCCUGGGCGCUACACCAUCAUGGUGUUGUUUGCUGAUCAAGAAAUCCCCAGUAGUCCAUUCAAGGUAAAGGUGGAUCCCUCCCAUGAUGCAGGCAAAGUCAGGGCAGAAGGUCCUGGGCUCAACAAAACAGGUGUACAAGUUGGUGCUCCAACCCAUUUCACAAUCUACACCAAGGGAGCCGGCAAAGCCAAACCUGAGGUCCAUUUCACUGCUGCCAAUAAAGGAGAAGCUGUUAAAGACUUUGAGAUCAUUGACAAUCAUGACUACUCUUAUACUGUGAAGUACACUGCCCUUCAGCAGGGUAAUAUGACUAUCUCAGUCACUCAUGGAGGAGACCCCAUUCCCAAAAGCCCUUUCAACAUCACCGUGGCUCCUCCUCUGGAUAUUGGCAAAGUCAAAGUCCAAGGCCUUAAAGACAAGGUGGAAGUCGGGAAAGACCAAGAGUUUAUAGUUAACACAAAGGGGGCUGGUGGACAGGGAGAGGUAGGUGUUAAAAUGACCUCACCCACUGGCCGGCCAAUUCCAUGCAAGCUUGAGACAGACAAGGCCAAAGAGGCCACUUCAGUGAAGUACAUCCCUCCAGAAGAGGGCCCAUACAAAGUGGAAAUCACCUAUGAUGGGGAUCCCAUCCCAGGAAGCCCCUUUGCUGUGGAAGCUCUUAUGCCUGCAGACCCCUCAAAGGUACGAGCUUAUGGGCCAGGCUUACAGGGUGGCAUUGUGGGUAAACCAGCACCCUUCACCAUUGACACUAAAGGUGCAGGUGCAGGUGGCCUGGGUUUGACUGUAGAGGGCCCAUGCGAGGCCAAAAUUGAGUGUCAAGACAAUGGUGAUAGCACAUGCUCUGUCUCCUACCUGCCCACUGAACCUGGAGAAUACAACAUCAACAUCCUGUUUGGUGAGGCGCACAUUCCUGGUUCACCCUUCAAAGCAGUUGUCAAGCCUGCCCUGGACCCAAGUAAAGUGACUGCCAGUGGGCCCGGGCUGGAGCGAGCCAAAGCAGGGGAGGCAGCCUGCUUUACUGUGGAUUGCAGCAGGGCUGGUGAAGCAGAACUCACAGUGGAGAUUGUGUCUGAGUCAGGGGCCAAGGUGGAGGUGCACAUCCAGAACAACAAGGAUGGCACUUUCUCUGUCACCUAUGUCCCGUCUUUCAAGGGUGCACACACCAUCACCAUUAAGUAUGGCGGCACCGUGGUGCCCAUGUGCCCUAUCUGCGUGCAGGUAGAGCCAGCCGUGGACACAACUGGCGUGAAAGUCUAUGGACCUGGAGUGGAACCAAGAGGGGUCCUGAGGGAUGUCACCACACAUUUCAUCGUUGAUGCUCGCGCCCAGACCAGGAGUGGUGGGAAUCACAUCAAGGUUCGAAUCAUCAACCCAUCAGGCUCCAACACAGAUGCCUACAUCACUGACAAAGGAGAUGGCACCUACAGAGUGGAGUACACAGCAUUUGAGGAUGGUAUGCAUCUGAUCGAGGUUCUGUAUGAUGAUGUGCCUGUACCCAUGAGCCCCUUCAGAGUCUCUGUUGUGGAGGGCUGUGACCCAACACGUGUCCGAGCCUAUGGACCUGGCUUGGAGAGCGGACUGGUCAACAAGUCAAAUUGCUUCACAGUUGAGACAAGGGGUGCUGGGACUGGAGGUUUGGGCUUGACCGUCGAGGGCCCCUCUGAGGCCAAGAUGUCCUGCAAAGACAACAAAGACGGCAGCUGCAGCGUAGAGUACGUGCCCCUUACCCCAGGGGACUACGAUGUUAACAUUACCUAUGGAGGCCAUCCUAUCCCAGGCAGUCCUUUCCGUGUACCAGUGAGGGAUGUGGUCGAUGUUAGCAAGGUGAAGUGCUCCGGUCCAGGUCUUGGAGAUGGAGUGCGAGCUCAUGUCCCUCAGACCUUCACUGUAGAUUGCACUAAGGCAGGGCAGGCUCCUCUGGAUGUGAAGGUGUAUGGCCCAACAGGUGAUUCUGAGCCUGUUGCUGUUAAAAACAAUGGUGAUGGAACACAUACUGUCAACUACACACCUGCCCAGGAGGGCCCAUAUACAGUGUCUGUCAAAUAUGCUGAUCAGGAAGUGCCCCGCAGUCCAUUCAAAGUCCAUUCGGCACCUGCCCAUGAUGCCAGCAAGGUGCGAGCCAGUGGUCCAGGACUAAACACCUCAGGUGUGCCUGCCAGCCUGCCUGUGGAGUUCACCAUUGAUGCCCGUGAUGCCGGAGAGGGACUCCUCACUGUGCAAAUUCUGGAUCCAGAGGGCAAGCCAAAGAACGCCAGCAUCCAGGACAACAGAGAUGGUACUUAUACAGUGUCCUAUGUGCCAGAUAUGACAGGCCGCUACACCAUCACCAUUAAAUACGGCGGCGAUGAGAUCCCAUACUCUCCAUACCGUAUCCAUGCCCUGCCAACUGGCGAUGCCAGCAAGUGUCUACUCACAGUAUCCAUUGGAGGACAUGGAGUUGCAGCAGGUCUUGGGCCCAACAUUCAGAUGGCGGAGGACACUGUUAUCAGUGUGGACACGAAGGCCGCUGGGAAGGGUAAAGUGACCUGUAAGGUGUUGACCCCUGAUGGAGUUGAGCUGGACCUGGACGUUGUGGAGAACACUGAUGGCACAUUCGACAUCUACUAUACUGCGCCUGAGCCUGGCAAGUAUGUCAUCACCAUACGCUUCGGAGGACAGCAUAUUCCCAACAGCCCCUUCCAUGUUACGGCUACAAAAGAACCCGUCGCUCCUCGAGACAGCAUGGCACCCAUGUUUCGGCCUCUCAAUCUGGUCAUCCCAUUCACGGUGCAGCAAGGCGAAAUUACUGGGGAGGUGCGCAUGCCCUCUGGUAAGACUGCUCGUCCCCACAUCACAGACAAUAAGGACGGCACAAUUACGGUUAAGUACGCCCCCACAGAGAGAGGCCUGCAUGAGAUGGACAUCAAGUAUGAUGGCAACCACAUUCCAGGAAGUCCUAUGCAGUUCUUCGUGGAUGCCAUGAAUACUGGCAUGGUGACGGCUUAUGGACCUGGUCUGUGUCAUGGCAUUGUCAACAAACCAGCCACAUUCACUGUGGUCACCAAGAAUGCAGGAGAAGGUGGUCUUUCCCUAGCUGUGGAGGGUCCCUCAAAGGCUGAGAUCACAUGCAAGGACAACAAAGAUGGCACAUGCACAGUGUCCUACCUGCCCACUGCACCUGGUGACUACAAAAUUAUUGUGAAGUUUGACAACAAGCACAUUCCUGGCAGUCCUUUCACUGCUAAGAUUACAGGAGAUGAUUCACUCAGAACGUCUCAGCUGAAUGUUGGCACAGCAGCAGAUGUCUCUCUGAAGAUCUCAGAGACUGAUCUGAGCUCUCUGAGGGCCAGUAUCAGAGCACCAUCUGGAAAAGAGGAGCCAUGCCUAUUGAAAAGACUGCCCAACCGCCACAUUGGUAUUUCUUUCACACCAAAAGAGGUGGGUGAACAUGAGGUGAGCGUGAGGAAGAAUGGAAAGCAUGUGACAAACAGCCCUUUCAAGAUCAUGGUGGGUCCAUCUGAGAUUGGUGAUGCCAGCAGGGUCAAAGCCUUUGGCAAAGGUCUGGUUGAGGCACACACCUUUGAAAUUGCAGAGUUCUUUGUGGACACACGAAAUGCUGGUUAUGGAGGCCUUGGAUUGUCGAUUGAGGGUCCGAGCAAAGUGGAUAUUAACUGUGAAGAUGUAGAGGAUGGGACUUGCAGGGUGACCUACUGCCCUACUGAGCCAGGCAAUUAUGUUAUCAACAUCAAGUUUGCCGACAAACACAUCCCAGGAAGUCCAUUUACGGUGAAAGUGACAGGUGAAGGAAGGAUGAAAGAAAGUAUCACCAGGAAGAGACAGGCAGCCUCCAUAGCUUCAAUAGGCAGCACCUGUGACCUCAAUCUCAAAAUUCCAGGGAACUGGUUCCAGAUGGUUUCAGCUCAAGAGCGGUUGACGCGUACAUUCACACGCAGCAGUCACACGUACACACGCACCGAACGCACAGAGAUAAGCAAGACACGGGGUGGUGAGACCAAACGGGAGGUGCGUGUGGAGGAAAGCACACAGGUUGGCGGAGACCCCUUCAGAGAUGUCUUCAGCGAUUUCCUGGGUGGCUUUGGUAGCCUCACAACCAGACAAGAGGGUGACACAGGCACUCAGGAGAUGACUGCACAGGUGACCAGCCCAGGAGGAAAAACAACUGACGCUGAGAUUGUCGACAGUGGCAACAGCACCUACAGUGUCCGUUUUGUACCUGGUGAGAUGGGUCCUCACACCGUCAAUGUCAAGUACAGGGGCCAGCAUGUUCCUGGGAGCCCAUUCCAGUUCACUGUGGGUCCACUAGGAGAAGGAGGUGCCCAUAAAGUCCGGGCUGGUGGCACAGGGCUUCAGAGAGGAGUUGCAGGGGUUCCUUCUGAGUUCAGUAUCUGGACACGUGAAGCUGGUGCAGGGGGUCUCUCUAUUGCUGUGGAGGGCCCCAGCAAGGCUGAAAUCUCCUUUGAAGACAGGAAAGAUGGGUCCUGUGGGGUGGCUUAUGUUGUACAGGAGCCAGGCGAUUAUGAAGUGUCAAUCAAAUUUAACAAUGAGCACAUUCCGGACAGCCCAUUCAUUGUCCCCAUUGCCACACUGUCGGAUGAUGCACGUCGACUCACUGUCACCAGCCUGCAGGACAAGGACCUGAGGGUAAACCAGGAGGCCUCCUUCGCCGUGCAGAAAAAUGGAGCGCGUGGUAUCAUCGAUGCCAAAGUUCACACCCCGUCUGGUAUGGUUGAGGAGUGUUAUGUCACCGAACUGGACAGUGACAAAAGUACAAUCCGCUUCAUUCCAAGAGAGAACGGUGUCCAUUCCAUCGAUGUUAAGUUCAAUGGCAGUCACAUCCCAGGCAGCCCCUUCAAUGUGCGUGUGGGAGAGGCAGACCAGGCUGGAGACCCCGGAAUGGUAUCUGCAUAUGGACCUGGACUUGAGGGAGGCUGCACAGGUGUGCCCUCUGAGUUUGUGGUGAAUACAUGCAAUGCUGGCUCUGGGGCUCUGUCUGUUACCAUCGAUGGUCCCUCCAAGGUCAAGAUGGACUGCUUUGAAUGUGCAGAGGGCUACAAGGUCACUUACACACCCAUGGCCCCUGGCAAUUACCUUAUUUCCAUCAAAUACGGCGGGCCACAGCAUAUUGUUGGGAGCCCAUUCAAAGCCAAAGUUACAGGUGCACGUCUUUCUGGGGGCCACAGUCUUCAUGAAACCUCCUCAGUCCUGGUGGAGACUGUCACCAAGACCUCUAAGGUGGCUGAGGCCUACAGCUCCAUGUCCAGCUCUAAGCAAACAUCCGAUGCCAGCAAGGUAGUGUGCAGAGGACCUGGGCUUUCCAAAGCCUUUGUGGGCCAGAAAAACACAUUUACCGUGGACUGCAGCAAAGCAGGGACAAACAUGCUGAUGGUUGGGGUCCAUGGUCCAAAGACACCAUGUGAGGAAGUCUUUGUUAAGCACAUGGGCAACAGGCUCUAUAACGUCACAUACGUGGUGAGGGAGAAGGGUAACUAUGUGGUCAUUGUCAAGUGGGGAGACGACACCGUGCCCGGGAGUCCCUUCCACGUGUCCGUCCCCUAA